AUACACUUCGAACAAGGAGUCAGCUUCCCUCAGCUCUGUCGUCCGUGCUGAUCUGAAAAUACUGAAACACGAGACUCUGGGCACUGAUCCAUCGACCGUUUCCCCACCUCCCAAGAUGGCCCCGAAGCCGGAGACGCCGAAUUCGCCGCACUCCACCCUCGACCCUCCGUCGUCGACCCCCGCCUCCAUCGACCCCCUUUUCCACAUCCUAAAGAUCCUGCCUUUCUCCUUCCUCCGGCCGCCGCGCCUCCGCCUGAAGCUGCCCACCCUCACCCUCCCAUCCCCCAUGACCGUCUACGCCCUCGUCCUCCUCACCUACUUCAUGGUCGUCUCCGGGAUCGUCUACGACGUCAUCGUCGAGCCCCCCGGCAUCGGCUCCACCCAGGACCCCUAUACCGGAUCCGUCCGCCCCGUCGUGUUCAUGCCCGGUCGGGUCAACGGCCAGUACAUCAUCGAGGGUCUCUCUUCUGGGUUCAUGUUCGUCCUGGGUGGGGUCGGGAUCGUGCUCAUGGAUCUCGCCCUGGACAAGAAUCGGGCCAAGAGCGUGAAGACGUCCUUCGCGACGGCCGGGAUCUCGUCGGUGGUGCUUGCUUAUGUCAUGAGUAUGCUCUUCAUUCGCAUCAAGAUCCCCGCUUAUCUUAGCUAGUGAUUCAAUCUUGAGGUUGAGCUGGGCGUUCCUUUUUAAUCUAGCUUCUCAGGUUUUUACAUGUUUCGAGAUCUCUACAUACAAUUGUCGAUUUUGUGCUGCUAUUAUUUACUAUCAUAUAUCGUAAUGACGCUGGGAAAUUUGGCAUA